AUGCUUGGUGCAUGGCUAAGCUGUUGCUGCCGCAGCAGAGGGCGCACUUUCCUUCUACUGUCCUUCGUCUCCGUGACCGUCUUUAUCUUUCAGGUGAAGCAAGCAGAGCUCUUCGGGCAGGCAUCAUUUCGAAGUCCUUCUUUCGGAGAUCAUCUACUCCGCCGAGCUCUGCCUGAAACAACUACAAAUGCCACAUCCGUGAUAUCAAGUACUGCGACAACCUCACAGGUUGAAAUCAGAGCUUGUGAUGGCGAUCUUUCAUCUUUCAUCCAGAAAGGAUUCAGCCUGCCAGUCCUGCUGCUGGCGCAUCGGCGAGCCGAGAAGCUGUUGGAAACGUUGAGGAGCCUGGCUGGCGUGCGCGGCUUCUCUGCGAACGAGGUUCUCGUCUCCCAGGAUGGCAGUGACGAAGAGGUUGCCAAGGUGGUUGAUUCCAUGAAUAUUUCUCGGAUUGCCCAUGAUGCGAAGCCGCCAGUGAACUCCGGCUGGAGAUCUGCAGCCCUCAGGAUUGCCAGACACUAUCGAUGGAGCAUUGACGCUGCGUUCACGCACUUCAAUCAGACUCCGGGUAUCAUCAUCGUGGAAGAUGACCUGCGGUUUUCGCCUGAUUUCUUGGAGUACUUUCAGGCUGCUGCACCGGUUCUGGACUGUGACAGCACGCUUUGGAUCGUGUCUGCUUGGAACGACAACGGCUUCGACCACCUGGUCCGUGAGCCCAAAGGAUUGCUGCGGACGCAGUUCAUGCCUGGCUUAGGUUGGCUAAUGCUCCGCCGGCUUUGGAAAGAGCUGCAGCCCAACUGGCCGAACGUUGAUGAGAGGCGAAGGGAGCCGAAGAUGUGCAAUUGGGAUCACUGGCUCCGGAGUCCACAGCAGCACCAAGGUCGGUCCGUCCUCUAUCCGCAAGUGCCCCGCGUUUUUCAUCAUGGCAGCAUCGGUACGUUCAUGAGCUUGGGCUUGCAUGAGCAGUACUUCCAGCACAUUUUCCACAAUCAGGACAGCAAGAUCACCUGGCAACGCCCCACGGUGGAUAGCCCUUGGCUGGAUUUGGCUGUCUCGGCUGCCCGUCUUGAGCAGUACGAGGACCGGAUCGCGUGGCAACUUCGGGGUGCAGAAACGCCACGAUCGAUGCCGGCUCUGGUCAAGGCUCUGGCAUCGGGAACAGUUUCCACGCUGGCCAUAUGGAUCAACGUGAACCCAGAAGAUGUCAAGACGAGAAGUGGUGCCAAGCAGGGCUUCAGCAGCGUGGCCAAGUUCUUCGGACUUUGGCACGAGGGCCAGCGUGCUCUGUAUCGCGGUCUACACGAAUUUUGGUGGGGGAAGACACACGUGUUCCUGUUGAACUUGCACCCGAAGGUGGGCUACAUUGAAGGCAGGGGAGCCACUCAGUUGUUCCUCCCUGGCCUGCUCUUAAAGCAGGCUCAUGGCGAGCCGAUGGGCGUUGCUCUUCCAGUGAGGAUGCUUCCAGCAUCCUUGCAUCGUGCAGCCCUGCAGGUCAGCGGAGUCCUGAGCAUUCCAGUGUGGCCAAUGUGGAUAUUCCUGAUUGCUUGGCUUGUGAUUCAGGUCUCCGUGUUGCUCCUCGGCUGGUUGGUGCGGGAGCAAGCCGUCGCAUUGCGGAUGCUCGAAAUGCUUAGACACGCGGAAGGCCCACUGCUGUUGGACAUUCCGCACAGGGCAGCCGCAUCUGAUCUGGCUGUCACACGCAUGCUGCAGAUGGUUCCAAACUUUGGGCACUUAGUGCCUUCUGAUGUGGAGCCGUUCGUCGUCAAGGACCUUCAAGUGACUUUGCCGAUGUUCGAACGUCUCCACGCCGUGAGGAUGACUGGGCCUCAUUCUCUAGAAGACUUGCAGGAUGUGCUUCCAGACUUCACUGAGCUGAGAAUGCCGCACACCUUUGCUCCCAUUCAUGACCUUCCAGCUAGUCUUCCGGCCUCCCAGGGCUCAGAGCGGUGUCUGGCCGUCCUGUUUCAUCUGAUGCCAAACUCUGACUUCGUCUCCCCGGCGAGAUGCUUCGGAACAUCCAGGUUGCUCUACCUUUGCGUCGCUCAUGCAAUGGCAAAGACGGUAAGCCUGAGAGUUGACAGUGGCGGGCAAGUUGGUCUAGACGGGCUGGGUGCCUGGCGACCUCAAAGACUUCAAGAGGCAAUUGAGACUUUGAAUGGGACGGUUCAGCAGAACGUUCGCAUGGAUCCCGGCCGUGGGCAAGGCUCGCUUGCUGAUGCUUCGGAACACGUGGUGCUUGUCUCGAGUUGGUUGGUGAUGACUUUCAUGGGAAGCCACGGCGAUUUGACCAGCAAAUCUCAGCUUCGCCAGCUCACGAAUUGUGUGAGAACGGCCCUGUCAGAAGCCCUUCAGGUCUGCCGAGCAUCUCUUCAUGUCACCGACAUGUCUGUGAAGGGGGGUGACGAUAGCCUGGUGGAGAUGUUGCAGGAUGGUUGGCGUCCUAACUGGCAUCGUCAGCAUCACUACUUUACCGAGGAAGGGGGUGGCUAUAAGUUGGCGCAGAUGAUGCGCCGGGGCCAUGCGGCUGAUGCCUUCCGGCAGAUGAACUUCACACGGGUCAAGGCAUCAUACGAGGUGCGCGUCUUUCCGGAAAUGCGUGUGACCUCCAAGGAUGUCGUGCAAAGGAUCGACCGUCUGCAGAUUUUCAGCCGGUUUGCUGACUUGAACCACCUCUUGGUGCGGAGUCUGGCUCACCGAUCGGCACACGCAAGGCCCGCGGAAGGAGUGAUGCUGGAUGACAUCGGAUAUGGCCUUCGCGAAGUGAAGCCACGGAUGGCUUUGCCAGCCGUCGAGUUGGCGGACUGCAUGGAAGAGGGCUUGCUUUCAGAUGCGCGAGAGGUGCAUCAAUAUGUCAUUGGCCUAUGCUGCGUGCUGGUCCUUCUCAUCACCUGUGCGGGCUCGGCCAUCUUCUCGCUGAAGCAGCCGUCACUGGUGCCAAGCCGCACCAAUCCCCUCCUGGCUCUGCGAUGA